AUGGCAUACUUGAUAAGGGAAGGUGGUUUACGAGGGAUGAAACUACGUGCUCAUCGUGUCAGCAAGCCACCUUCAAAGAUAUUCAUCAUCCCUACCGACGAAAUUGUGCAGGUUAUAGCUAAGGACCUUCCUAUCUACAGCAAUAAGGUCUCAAAUUCGGCUCAGUGCGAGACACCGUUAGAGCUGUUGACAGACUCUUCUAUCUCCCAGUCUUAUCAUGUUGAUAUGGAAAGAGAGCUGAAAUGUUGGGUACCUGAUGAAGAUGUUCCAGAUUGUCCAGAUAUGAGUUGGAAUCAGUUUGAGGUCAAUGAGACAUUGUUUGGAGUUAUGAGCACUUUUGACGAGAAAUUGUGCACCACAAAACUCGAGAGAGGUCCUUGUAUGAAGGAGCUAAAAGAGCAAGCCUUGAGGAUUGAAAGAGAGAUCGAGGGUGAGAAUACCCGAGAUCUUCACGUAGCAGGGGUGAAUUAG